AUGGCUUCAUACGAGGUCGAACACAACACAGACGACCUCAGCUCAACAACACCCCAAACCCACCCCCGCCGCCCAGAUCUAUCUACCUUCUUCGCAACUCUAUCCGAAAUCACACCCAACCCCUCCGAGACCCGGACGCGAGAAUACGCUGUCCCGGUACCAGGAGAUGUCAGUGCAGCAUUUCGAUCACUCGCUGAAGCCUUUGAAUAUAUAAGGCGAGAGCAUGAUGUUGGCGACGCUGGCGCUGGCGCUGGUGAAGGUGGCGAACAUGGACAUGAUUCGGCUCUAAUUGACCAGAUGAUAGAGGCAUUGUUACAAGGCGCUGAUAUGCCGCCGAGGGAAGUUGAGGGUGUCAAUGAGGAGUUUUGCGCUACCCUCGACCGCAUCCCUCGCUCAUCCCUCAAGGAAUCUCAAUCAUGUCCUAUAUGCAGCAACCCAUUUCUCGACGAUCCAUACCCUCUCGUCGUCCGUCUUCCUUGCCAUCCCACGCAUCUCUUUGAUCUGGAAUGUGUGACUCCCUGGCUCCGGUUAAGAGGCACAUGUCCGCUUGAUCGUACGGAUUUUGGGAAGCAGCAGCGCGAGAAAGAUGCGGAGAGACGGAAACAGGCGGAGAAACGCAGGGCGGCGUUGGCGACGUCCGAGCCCAAUGAUGAGGAGGACGAGGAGUGGGAUGGGAUGUAUGCUUGA